UAAUGCUCACAAUAGUUCCAGAUGUGGCCAUGUUUAGUUAAUCUUUGAAGUUUCUCAUAAUUAUCGAUUUUAAUUAAAAAAAGAAAAUAAUCAAAUCCAACAAAAUAAACAACAAUAAUUUCUAUCAUUUAAAGAAAUUAAUUUCACAUUGAAAAAUUUUUUUACCAAACCGAUAUUAUUCAACGACCAAUAAUCUCGUUUUAAAAAAGACAAAAUAAUUUAUAAUUAUUAUUAAACGACUAAAUAAUAUUGUCGAAAAUAAUAAUAAUAUAACCGCCGAUCGCACUCUGCCCAAAAAAAAAAAAAAGAGCACGCUAAUAUUUUUCUGACAAAAAAUAUAAAAAAAUUUUUAUUGUUGGGUUUAAUUUGAAUAACAAGAUUAGUCAAAAGGUUAAUAAUAAAUUAUUUUUUUAAAAAUAAAUAAAAUGAAAAAACUUGAAGAUAAAAUCAUCGGUAACGCGUUUGGUUAGAAAAAAAAAAAAAAUUUAAUAUAAAAAAACGAGGUCAAUAGUGACAUUAGACUAUUCAUCUCGUUCGCGUCCAUUUUUUAUUUUUCAUUUUCAAUUUUCUUAGCAUUCAAAAUGGAGAAAUUUAUAACUUGAUACAUUAUUUAUCUUAAAAAAAACAAUUGUUAUCAUCCCUUGGGUCAUCGGAGUUGUGAACUACACAAAAUAAUAAGUAUAAAAAAAAAGAAAAAAAUAUAUUUAAAAACGAAAAAUAAAUUGGCUAAUUUAAUUUUGUUAAAUAUAUUCAAGAUUAGUUUGAGGCAUUUUUUUUUUGCGUUGCAAAUUAUAUUUAUUAUCAAUAGAAUCACGUGAUGCAAAAUCAUUUUUUUGUUUGACAAAAAAAAAAAAAAUUAUCUGCGCAAGGGAAAAUAACGUCCCCACUACGUAAAUCAAAAAAAAAAAAAAAAAGAAGCAUUUUAAUGUCCAUCGACACAUCGGUGUGUUUAAAAAAAUUAAAAUCAAUGCCACGUCAACUAGAAUGACGUUGUUUGUCGUCGUCAUCAUCAAGAAUAAUUGAAAUAAUUAUUAAAAUUAAAAAAAAAUCCUUUCUAAAGAUUUAAUAUAAAAAUACGCCUAACCUAAAAAAUACCCAGGCUUAUUUUUCUGAAUAUCAAGAUAAUUAUUUGAGUGAGAAAAUAUCUAUUUAAAAAAAAAACUAGUGAUAUUUAUAAAAAUAAUUAAUAAAUAAUAACAAAGAAAGAGAGUUGGUGGGGAAAAAAAUACGAACAAAUUUCAAGAAGGGGAACUAUUAUCAAGUUUUUUUUUUUUUUUUUUUUUUUUGGGGAAUGAUAAUAAUACCACACAUACACACACACAUAUACACAUAAAUAUUUUUAAUAAAUAGCCAUAUUUAUUAUUAAUAAUCCAAGGACAAAAUUUAUUAUUAUCCAUUUGAUGAAAUUAUUAUUUUGAUAAAAGUCUUGUUAAUUUGUUUGUGUUUGUUAAUAAUAUCAAACAAUUAAAAUAACCCGACAAAUUAAUUAUAAACAACAAGAGUUUGCUCAUAUUAUUAUUAUAAAAUUAUAAAUAAAAAGGGCGAUAGAGUGUUGGGUCAAUUUAUUAUUAACAAGUGUUUUAAAAACAAUAAAAAAAAAACACAAAUAAAUAUUGAUAAUUUAGACCCGUUUAAAGUAUCGGCGGUAAUUAUAAAUAAAAGUUUUAAAAUAAAUAAAAAAAUUAAUUUAUUAAUUAAUUUUAUUUAUUAAAAAUAUUAUAAUUAAUAAUAAAAGGUCGUUAUAAUGGCACUUGAAAGUGUCCCCGCGGCCGAGAGUCUGAUACCAAGCAAUGAGGAUGACAAUGAUGAUCUUGAAGAUGGUGAAAUACAAUCAGAUGAAGAUGAUACACCAACUGCACCAGUACCAGUACCAAAACAAAAAUCUCCAUCACCAAAAUUAUCAUCUUCAUCAUCAAAAUCAACAUCAUCAAAAAGUAAAAAUAAAACAUCAUCAUCAUCAACAACAACAACAAGUAGUAAUAAUGUAAAUAAAACAAGUAAAUAUGGUAAAAAUCCAUCAGAAGAUUGGGCACGUGAUGUUGAAAAAGCUCUAAAAGCAGCACUUGAAGAUGACAGACCUAAAAAUUCAGAUAGUAAAUCAUCAAGAAGUAGUAAAAGUAGCAGUAGUCAUAGUAGAAGUAAAAGUAGAAAAAGAACAAGAGAAGAACGUGAUGAAGAAAGAUCAAAAGAACGAAAGAAACGUCGUGUAAGUGAUGAAGAAAAUGGUAAUGUUGAUGAUGACGAUGAAAUGUUAUUUGUACGUGGUGCAUCACCAAGUAAAAAAGACAUAUCAAAUUCACCAUUAUCAAGACGUUCACCACGAAGAUCACCAUCAAGACGUUCACAUGAACGUGAUAAUUAUUAUGAUUCUGAUAAUGCAUCUGAUGAUAGAAAUGAACGACGUCAUCGUGAACGUAAUCGUCGUAGUUUAACACCACCAACACAAAAACGAACACAAAGUUCUAAAAAUGAUCAUAAUAAUGAUAGUAAUAAUAGUAGAAAUAAUAAUAGUAGUAGUAGUAAUCGUGGACAUGAAAGAAAUGAUAAUAGAAACGAUAAUAGAAAUGAUAAUAGAAAUGAUGGUAGGAAUGAUAAUAGAAAUGAUAAUAGAAGUGACAAUAGAAAUGAUAGAAAUAAUUCAAAUAGACGUAAUCAAAUUGAUUUAUUACAAGAUCCAGAAUCAAUAUGUGUUUAUUUUAUGCAAGGUAAAUGUCAACGUGGUGAUGAUUGUCCAUUUUCACAUAAUGCAUUACCACCACAUAAAAUGGAAUUAUGUAAAUUUUAUUUAAUGGAUUGUUGUGCUAAAAGAGAUAAAUGUUUAUAUAUGCAUCAUGAUUUUCCAUGUAAAUUUUUUCAUACUGGUCUUGAUUGUGUUGCUGGUAAAAAUUGUAAAUUUUCACAUGAACCACUUGAUGAACAAUUAAAAAAAAUAUUAUUAAAACAUCUUGAAACAGCACCAAAAGAAAUACUUGGUGAUUUUCCACGUUUAAGUCGUGAAGGUGCAUUAUUAAUGAUAAAUAAUGCAUCAAGAUAUACAUCAGGACAAGGACAAGAUAUUAAUACAUUAAAAAUACCAAGUUUAUUUGAUUUAGCAUUACCAACACCAGCUGGUAUUGAAUUAAAUAAUGACAAAGAUGAUAAUAAUGAUAAUAAUGAACAUUUAAAAUCACCAAAAUCAUCAUCAACAACAAUUAAUAAUAAUAAUAGUAAUAAUAAUAAUAAUAAUAAUAAUAAUAAUAAUAAUGGCAGCAGCAAUAAUCAUAGCAAUAGUAAUAAUAAUAUAAAUAAUAUGAACAAUAUUAAUAAUAUUAAUAAUAUGAAUAAUAUGAAUAAUAUGAAUAAUAUUAAUAAUAAUAAAAGAACAAGAUGGGGAUCUGAUAAAGAUCGUGUACCACUUGAACAAAUAAUGUUACUACAAUCAGUAACACAAUUAGGUAUGGCAUUUCCAAAUGUUGUUACAAUGGCAGUACAACAACAAAUGCGUCAACGUUUAUUACUACAACAAUGUCUUAAAAAUAUGGAACUAUCUGGUAUUGAUUUUACAGCUGAUAAUAAUAUACAUCCAUCUGUUGUUAAUCCUAAUGAACAACAAUUAUCAAUAAUGCAAGGUAAUAAUUAUAAUGAUGAUGGUAAUAUAAAUUAUCAUGGGCUAAAUGAUGUAUCAAAUUUAGCUGGUGAAGCUGCUAAAUGGAAUAGAGCUGAAUUUGAUGAACUUAGUGAUAAAGAAGAAGAAGAAGGAACAAAACUUGUCAUUGAAGUACCAAAUGAUGAUGAAAAAUUAAAACUUAAUGAUGAUAAUGAUAAAAAAAUAAUAAAUAAUGAUGAUAUAUUAUCAAAAUUACCAGUUAAAGCACAAGAAUUAUUUAAAAGAAUUCAACAACAACAAAAAAAACUUGAACCAGAUGUUAAUUUAACAAAUGCAUCAAUUGCAGUUGAAAAUGCAAUGAAAGAACAAGAAGAAUGGUAUUCAGAUGAUAGUGAUACUAAUGCUAAUGAUAAUGAAGAUGACGAUGAUGAUGAUGAUGAUGAUGAAGAUGGUAAUUUACAAAUUGUUAUAAAAGAUCAAGAAAGUCCACAAAAAGAAGCACAAAAUAGUAUACCACAACCAGCAGUUAUUAGUGAUACAGUUGGUCAUUUAAGUAAAAUUGAUAUUAGUGCUGAGGUUACAAAAAUAUUAUCAUCAAUAAAACCACAAGUAUCAUCAAGUAAAAAAAAUUUAAGUCAUGAAUUAACAACAGCAACAACAAUAAAAGAUGAUAAUGAUAAUGCAAAUAAACAAUCAUCAAUUAUUGAUAAUAAUACAUCAAGUCCAAUUAAUUCACCAUCAACAAGUACAAUACCAGUAUCAAGAGAUCCAAGAAGAUCAAGAGAUCCACGUCAACGUAGACUUGAUGAAUCAUUUGCAACAACAAAACCAACUAGUCCAUCAAGAAAUGAUGUACAAAAAAAAGAAGCAAAAUCAUCAUAUAGUCUUGAAACAAGUAUAUAUUCAUCUGGUAUUACAGAUAGUAAUAUGGAUAUUGAUUUUCGUGGUGGUAGAAUGGAUCAAGAUUUACGUAGACAAGACAUGGAUUUACGUCAACAUUAUCAAAAUUUUGGUGAUACAGAUUUACGUAAUAAUGAUGUUGAUCUUAGACAAAUAUUAUCAUUACCAUAUAAAUCAGUAACAUCACAUUUACCAGGUCCUGAAAUUGAUGGUAGUAUUGGUUCACAUCCACCAGUAACAUAUAAAGUAUAUGUUGUUGAUAUACCACGUCCAAAUUAUACUGGUUUAAAAAUAUCUAAAAAUGAUCCAGCUGUUAAAUAUGAUCCACGUUUACGUAAAAUAUUUCGUUUAACUAAAAAUGAUAUUGCUGAUUCACCAAUGUCACCACCACCAGUUAAAAUGGAUACACCAAAAUCACCACCACCACUACCACAUUUACCAAUGACAAUACCACCACCAUCAUUAUCAACAGCAGCAACAACAUCAACAACAGUACAGCCAGUAAUACGUUCUGAUCCACGUAUUAAAACACUUGAACUUGCUAAUCAAUUAACAUCAUCAACAUCAGGCAAUAAUAGUAUGAUGGCUGGUUCACUUAUUCCUGGACAAAAACAAAAUGAAAUGCAAAUGAGAAUUGGUGGUCCAGGUAUGCAAGUACCUGGUAAUAUUAAUAUUCAAGGAUUAGGACAAAAUUCAAUGAUGGCAGGUAUGGCACAAAAUCCAAUGAUGGCUGGUAUGUUAAAUCAAUCUGGUAAUAUACCAGGUGGUGGAGUUGGAGCUGGAGGUCCAUUAGCAUUAGGUCAAAAUAAUCAAAUGAUAAAUCCAAAUCAAAUAAAUCCAUUUGAUCCAUUAUUUAAUAAUGGUGGUCCUGGUAUUCUUGGUCCUGGACCACCAGUUAUUGGCAUUGGUUAUUCAGAUGUUGGACAAAAUUAUGACGGGCCAAAUUAUCCACCUAAUAAUUAUAAUAAUUUUGGACCACAUCAGAGUGAUGGUAUAUGGGAAAUUGGACAAGCACCAAUGAAUUUUGGUGGUGAUUGGAUGAAUAAUAAUAAAAAAAAUAAUAAUGGUGCUUCUAAGAGAAGAUGUCGAUCAAGAAACAGAAAUCGUAAUAGAAAUCAACAACAUCAACAGCAACAACAACAGCAACAACAACAAAAACAGCCACAACAAAAUCAACAACAGCAACAACAAAAACAGCCACAACAAAAUCAACAACAACAACAAAAUUUGGGACCUGUUAAUCGUGAUAAUAAAUCACCAGUUUAAUUAUCAUUUAAUUAAUAAAUAAUUAAUAUUAAUUAGUAUUUAAUAUUUAAAAAAAUUAAAAAAGAAAAUUUUCUUUUUUUUUAUUUCAUUUUUUUAUUAAGGCGCUUCUUCUUUCUUUUUUUUUUUUUUCAUUAUUUAAUAGUGAAGAGAAAUAAAACUAACUAACUAUUGUAUUAUUAUUAUUAAUAUUUGCAAAAAAAAAAAAAAUUUUUAUAUGAAAAAAAAAAAAUAAAAGG